AUGUCGGGCGUCGGCAACGUCAACAAUUCACGCCACGAAGAAGUCUAUGAGCUGCAACCUCUCUUCAAACCUGGUGAUCCUGACCAACUGUUCGACAGUCCGCUUGCCGAACGUAUCAGCACCCUCUUCACCAUGCAUGCUUCCAGCAAUGAGACUGAAGGAGACCCAUACGAUGACCUGCUGCUCGCGGGCAAGGCAAAGCUCCCAUCGUCGAAUCCGCAUGGGAAUGAAUGUGAGGACGCGCCUUCUGCGGUCGAAGCCCGGAAGGUAGCGCCGGUGGAAGGUACGAUAUACCUGCACUUUUGCAUACGUUUGCUCACAUCUAAACUCUCAGUGGCCGGUCAGCACGACCAUAUAGAGACGCCAGUCCCCUCUAAGCGGGUCGAAUAUCUCCAUAAAGAGGUGGACGUUGCUCUAGCGAAAGCCAAAGCCAAGGUUGUCAUCACGAUGUUCUGCAGCGUGGUUAUCAGUCAGGGUCUCGCCACGAUUGUCGCUAUGGUCAUGGCUGCCGUGGCGAUCGGACAAGCCCUAAUUCUCAUGUUCUUCUCGCUCAUAGUCAUGAUGUGGUUCAUGAAGAGCAUCAUCAAAGACCUGUAG